AUGAAAUUCUUUGUUCUUAAGCUAACUCUCAAGAGACCAGAUGUUCUCGCGCUGAGCGGCGCCCUCAUGCUCGCGGCUGGGAUCCUCGUCAAAGUCGAAGUCUACAAGUACGUGGAGGUUUCAGCCGAGUUUUCAGCCACGGCUCCUUACGUCCUCGUGGCUACUGGGGGCUUCAUGCUCCUGCUGGGGAUCCUCGCCUGCUGCUGCACCGCCAAAGGACAGCCUGUGCUGCUGUACAUUUACGCCGCCUUCCUUCUGGUUAUCUUUGUUAUCAUGAUCGGCGCAGGAGUGAGCACGUGGGCCUACCGGAAGCACCUGAAGAACAGCUAUGAGGAUGGCUUAACAAGGGCCUUCACCGAGUACGACAGGACACCCACCAUGACAAGUGCUGUCAACACCUUGCAGAACGUGUUGCGAUGCUGUGGAAUCCAGAAUGCCAGUGACUGGGUUGCUAUGCCAUAUGGUCAGAGCCACGACCCUCCCUAUCCUCCAUCCUGCUGUAGGGAAGAGCAGGAAAAUAUCUGUGUUGCUCUUCAUCCACAUGGCUGCUACUCCACCGUGAUUCACUUCUUGGAAUCAAGCACUGGAGUCAUCCUGAUUUCAGCCUUGAGUUUUGCUUGCUUCCAGUUUGUGGGAGUUAUACUUGCUUGCUGUCUCGCCCGCAACAUCAACAGGGCCAAAUAUGAGCAAGUCUGAGGCCGCGCCCCGCUCCCUCGCCCACUUCCUGCACCAAGUGAUCAACAGUAUGCUCAUGCAUAUACGCAUCCAUCAAGGCCUGUUGUUCAUGCAACCAUUGGAAGAAGUCUCUCAGGAGGAGCCAGGUCUCUGCCAAGGCCCACGCCAAGACCCACACCUCCUGAGACCUCAUUCCAUGUGUAAUUUCCUGAAUACAAGAGUGAGCACAAUAGCCCAGUGCCAUGGGGCAGCAGCUUUCAAGUUUUGGUGUAUACACUGAAGCUUACAAAGUGUUCUUCAAAUGUAUUCUAAAUGGAAACUGCAGGAAAUUUGUAUUUCAAUGGGUAAGAGGAGCGGGAGAAAAGAUAAAAUGGUAGGGUAUAAUACUUGUGGAAAUACUUUCCCAAGUAAUGAAUUUGUUUUGCUGAUAGAGUGGGAGUAACAUCUUUUGACAUCAGUUUCAGAGGUUGAUGUUUGUUAAUGGGAAAAUCUUGUCAGCCAUGAUGAAAUAUGAAUAAAAACAAUAUUACAUGGUCAGUUGUUUAGACCAGAUUAAUACUAGUGACAUCUCUGUGGCUGUAAUGUUUAUACAGAUUUUGUAAUAUGGCUUGAUUCUGUAAUAUACUGUAGGUAUUGUUAUCCAUCAUAAAGCAUUGUUGUGCAACCAUUUUUGUCAAUGGAAUUAGACAUAAAGUAAAUGGAAUCCAGUUCAUUCACAUUUUGAACACUCACAUUUCUCAUGAUUUUUACUUCUGUGAUCAUAACACAUUGAGGAGCAGAUGAUUGCUUAUAAUUAAAAAACGAACAUGUUGAGACCUUUAACCAAAAAAUACUGACUGUAUUCAUGUUAUUAACAAUUUCUUUUUUUUUUCUUAUUUUCUUUUCUUUUCUUUCAUGCAUUUACCAAUGAGGUGCUCAGAUGCAAGAUUUUUGCAUCACAAAAAUCUUGCUGUGAGCUAGAGGUGUUAAAAUACUAAUGUUUGAAGAUCAUUAUAAUUUCUCCAGGAACAACUUGAUACAAUGUUAUUGUUUUACAUAACAAUAGUCAUAGUCAUUUUAAAGUUUAUAUAU